GUCGAGGAGCUCGUUUUUCCCAAGCUUUCGUCAUGGCAGCAGUCACCGGGACCUAUCACCAAGCUCUUGAAAGACCUCCGGAGCCAGAGGCGACCCGACUUGGUCUGCCAGCUGAUGGAGGUUCUUCAUGCAGAUGGUCGGAUAAAGCUGGGGCGCGCUCAUUAUUCCUCGGGUCUCAGUGCCUGCGCUGCGGCAAACCAAUGGCAACUGGCCCUGCACCUCUUCCACACCAUGCCAGGAGCCCAUGUGGUAGCUGAUGUUAUCAGCUACAGUGCUACAAUCAGCUCCUUUGAGAAAGCAGGCCAGUGGCAACUGGCGCUGGAACUUUUUGAUGCCAUGCCCAGCGCGACUCUAACGCCAGACAUCAUCAUUUACAACACCACCAUCAGUUCUUGUGAGAAAGGUGGCCAGUGGCAGCUAGCACUACAUCUGUUCCACACCUUACCCACAGCAAAGCUCACCCCCGAUGUCAUCACCUACAAUGCUGCCAUUAGCUCCUGUCAGAAGAAGUCUCAGUGGCAGCUGGCCCUCCACCUCUUCCACACCAUGCCAUCAGCCUCGAUUGUUCCCAGCAUUGUCAGCUACAGCGCUGCCAUCAGCUCCUGCGAGGGGGAUGGACAAUGGCCACUGGCCUUGCAGCUUUUCCGCUCGAUUGCCGAGGAGAAGCUGAUCCCCAACAUCGUCAGCUAUGGCGCCUUAAUCAACGCCUGCGGGAAGAGCGCAGAGUGGCGCUUGUCAUUGCAGCUUUUGAGCUCUCUUCGUCUCGACGAGUUGUCGCCCAAUGUCAUCAGCUACAAUGCGGCCAUCAGCUCCUGCGAGAAGUCCACGGCUUGGGAGUGGAGCCUCCAUUUGCUGCACGCCAUGCCCACGUCGAAGCUGGCUCCAAACGUCAUAAGCUACAACGCUGCGAUCAGCUCCUGCGAAAAAGGAGAAGAGUGGCCGUCGUCCUUGGCCCUCUUCUGCGCCAUGCCCGAGAAUCAACUCGUGCCCAACAUCACAAGUUACAAUGCCACCAUCAGCUCUCUUGCUGCGGGUGCACAGUGGCAGAUGGCUUUGCACCUAUUCAGCGAGAUGCCUGUCACGGAGCCCGGAAAGAACUUGAACAUCGGCUACAAUGCCACCAUGACCUCCUGCGAAAACGGGGAGCAGUGGCAGCUGGCUCUUUUCGUCUUUCACUCCAUGCCUCAGGCCAAGCUGAUCCCGGACGUGAGUAGCUACAGCACCGCCAUCAGCGCCUUCGAGACAGAUGGCCAGUGGCAGUUGGCUAUCGAUUUCCUCGACGCUAUGGCGAAGCAGAGCCUUCCGCGCGAUGUCAUCAUCUUCAAUGCUGCUAUCAGCGCUUGUGAGAAGGGCGCGCAGUGGCAAAUUGGAUUGCACCUCUUCGACUCCAUACACAUGACAAGCUUGACUCCAGACGUGAUCAGCUUCAAUGCCGCAAUGAGCGCCUGCGGUCCGGUAAACUGGCGCCUGGCCCUCCAUCUGUUUCACGCGAUGCCUUCAGCCAACGUGAAGCCGAGCCUUGCCAGCUAUAAUGCCGUCCUCGAUGCAGCUUGCCAUCGAAGUGCCGGCUAUACAUUAUUUUUGCAAGCUUUGCAUGCCAACUUCUACGAGCACUUGCUCCACAAAGGCUCGACGACCUUAGACUUGCGUGAGAUGUCACCUGGAUCAGCUCUUCUGGCUGUGAAAUGGUGGCUCUCCGUCGUUUUACCAGCUCUCCUUCACCCUCAGAGACGUCAGAUCUGCACCAUUGUAACGGGCCGCAGCCGGCCCCGCUGGCGGAAGUCGGAUCUUCAAGCUUUAGUGAAAGAUCUGCUUCAGCGUCGGAAGAUCAUUGCCAAAGUGAUGCCGGGUAACCGGGGAAGCCUAGAGCUCCACCUCAAUCG